AGUCUAGGCAUAGGGUAUUUACUGACAGGAGGCCCAUCAAAGGGGGGAACGAGAGCGCAUCGCAGUGCUAGAACCUGAACCGGUUGGGUCAUGUCCAUAAUAUACAUGUACAUGUAGCUCGGCUGACUAGCAGUGCGUUGCGAGAGCUAUGAACAACAUUGUGUAGGCUGUGGCUUCAUUCACUCAGUAGUAAUCGCACCGGGAAGGUCUAUUUAUGUCAAGGCCCAAGGCUAUACAUGUACAAACAUGGCCUAUCACUAGCUACAUGUAUUGUGAUGAUGACCCAAGAGGAAAGAAUUCAGUACUCUGCUUGUGGAAAAUAAAAGAGAUAAAAAUAUUCGGAGAAUAAAGUACAUUGUGGAUCUGAGAAAUGUCGGUCGGUAUGCCCUAGUUCUACCAGAACCUCUGCAUAACUAAUGAACGUCUGCUGCUAUGCAAGUCUGAACGAUGAGAGAAGCCAUGCAGCCAGACUUAGGGAUAUAACGAGCUUAUUUCUGAAGCGCGUUCCAGCUGAGAAGUACAAAGGGCAGAGUGAUGAUGAGAUACUUCUUCAUGUGUUUAAAGAUGCUGUUUCAUUCACAUUCAAAGAUAACAGCCAGAGCAGAGUACUUGACUCAUCUUCAAGCCAAAGUCACGAGAGUACGCCAAAUUUGAACGGGUGUCCAACCCCACAGCAGGUGCAGGAUUCAGAGCCCACCAGUCAAGCGACUCCUAACAUAUUCAGUCUAAUACAGGGAAGUCCUUCAAAGGUUACAAACAAGCAAGAGUGUAUUCAGGAUCAAGUAGUUGGCCAGACCAAAAGUCAGGUCAAGACAGAAUCCGUGUUCAACUCUGAGGAAGCGCAGCACAGCGUAUCCGGAUAUACCACUAAUCAAGACCAGGUCAAGGUUGAUAGUACGAGGUCAUCUUCAUCCCCAGUGAAAGGGAUUGGACAAGCCUCUCAGAACACAGUCUCACACACACAUAGAGAUACCAUCAAUGAGACUGCCUGUGAACAACAUAAAGCCAAAGAUAUUGAUCAAGCCAAAGUAGGAGGAGAAAGAAAGGGAAAUCACGAGCAGUAUCAUCGUCAGGAGUGCGGGGGCUCGCAGGUAGAGUCCACCAUUCAGCUUUCUGAAAGCAUCUUUAAUCAUAAUUCAUCAGCAAUAAAUAUGAGUCAGUGGAGUGAAAGCCAGAAGGGAGCUUGGCCCAAUGGACCAGUCACCUCAAGCGGUUGGACUCCAAUGGAUCCAAGUCAUGGCCAAUCUGCCAUAAGCCAAGACAAUGGUAAAGGCAACAGUCAAUCCGGAAGUGGUGUAAUGAGCUCCAUCUGGGGGUCUAGCAGCAGCAGCGGAUCCACCCCUACAUCCAGUGGCUGGGGUGGUAUCCCAUCUAGCACAUCAUCCUCCUCGCCGUUCCAUCCCGGUCUCUUUCAAAACUCCACCAGCAAUGGGCACAGUGGUGGUUCGUCAGUGUGGGGCACCCCUACAACCCCGCAGCCAGGCGGUAAGGGGUCCCUACCCUUCGGGGGCACCAACCCCAUUUCAGCACCGUCUACUACCUCAGCAAGCAACCCAUCUACGUCUCAGAGCUCAGGCUGGGACACCAGUGCCAAUCAGAACGGGAUGGAGCCCCAGCCGGCCUCCACUCCCACUAGUGCAGAGAGUAACCCGCCCGUGCCCACUUCACAGAGCAGUGGGAGUGCCCCGAGUAAUGGGAACGGAAACAGCGGCAAUGCAAAUGAAGGAGGGUCUGCUAGCAAUGGACAAGAGCCACAGCAACAAAUUCCAACUUCAUCCACUGUCACCAGUAAUGCCCAAGGUUCCUCUUGGGGUUCCAGUAAUCCGCCCGGUCCAUCAACGCUUACAGGGACAUCUGCUUGGGGUGCUCCACAAGCACAGUCCUCGGGUGGAUGGGGUGCCGACCCUUCAGGACAAUCAGGUGGUCAAGAAAACAAGCAAUGGGGCAGUGGAAACAGCAUGCCACCCACCAGCACCAGGGGAUGGGGUGGUAGCAACCCAAUGCAGAAUCCAAAUGAAGUUAGUGGCGCUGGAGGAUGGGGUAAACCUCCCCCUUCUGAAGCUACAAGUGGAUGGGGAGGUAGACCUUCAACUACUCCAACUAGUGGACCUCCUCCAGGACCACCUUCAGGAUGGAACAAAGAAGGAAACAAAGAACAACCAGCUGCUCCUGGAUGGAACAAUCCUCCAGGAUGGGGCAACCAGCCUAAUCAACCUCCUGGACCUGGAGGAAUGAAAAAAGACCAACCAGAUGGUGGACAGCCUGGUUGGGGCAAGCCGUCAGGAAAUGGCUCUUGGGCUCAGACAGCCAGCAAGGGAGCCCCUGAUCACAGGGGAAUGAAUCCUGGAGAAACAACUCCUGUAGAUCAGGCUUCGAUUGCAGCACUGGUGAAGACACCAUGGGGAAAGAGACCAAUCAACCAGGAAAUGAAAUGGGACAGUAAGGCCCCUCAACAACCUAGUAUAAACCAGUCUGGGACAUCAGGCUGGGGAUCUCAACCUGCAUCAGACCGACAGUGGGAGAAGGCUGAACAGCCAAAACAGUCUGCUUGGGGUAAACCAAACCCUCCACAAACUCCAACAGAAUCAUCUUGGGGAAAUCAGCCACCCACCUCAGCACCACCCACAAGCUCUCAGACUUCUGGCUGGGGACCACCAAAAGAGAGAAAUGAUAACCAGGAUCCAGGUUGGGGUCAACCACCUACAACAAGUGCAUCAUCUGGAAUGCCUGGAGGACCAGGACCACUUGGACCACCUGGGAGCCAAGCUAUAGGACCUCCAGGUAGCCAAGCUAUAGGACCUCCAGGUAGCCAAGCUAUAGGACCUCCAGGUAGCCAAGCUAUAGGACCUCCAGGUAGCCAAGCCAUGGGACCUCCUGGUCAGCCUGGAUCUCAUGGACCACCUUCUACUCCUGGUUUUAGCACAGAUAGAUCUAGUCCUCCACAGAAAGAUGCCAUGGAGACGGGAAGCAAUGCAUCAAGCAAUACACCACAGCCACCAGCUGAAGACCCAUCUCAGAUUCCUGGACCACCCCCUAAGAAGAUAGUGGCAACUGGUUGGGGAGAUGUUACCAUGGUCACUCGCCAAGGCAUUCAAACCGUUGACAAUGGAACCAGUCAUUGGGGUGACCCCAGCGACCACAACAGGCGCCUCACCCGCCGACAAGCUGGUGGGCACAUGCCGCAGAUGGGUGGCAACCCCCAGAACAGUACUAUGCAAGGGCCACCCCCUUCGGGCCCACAAGGUGAUACCGCUAUGCCUCCCUCGUCCAUGAUGCCAAAUGCUCCGCCAUCGCAGUUUAAAGCUGACAACCAGUGGGACGACAAGAGCAAACCAGGUAGCUGGGGAGACUUCCCUAACCAACGAUCCAAUAAUAACAACAGCAGUGGAAGCAUGUGGAACCAACAAGGUGGUAGCAAAUGGGAUCAGUCUUCCACGUCUUCUUGGGGCCCGUCCAGCAGUACUACUGGCAGUACUCAGAGUAAGGAUUCUAUGCAACAAAACUGGCACGAUGAUAAUAGUACUGGCUCCAUUGGUCAUUGGGGAGAUGAAGAAUGGGAAAAUCGUUCCCAGAGCAGCGAAUCUAUGUCAGGAUGGAGAGGUGGCCCUAAGAAGCCCAGGCCCCCAGGACAGCGUGAAUCAAACCAUUACAUCAGCAAGCUCAAACGAUUAAUGGAUUAUGGAUACCCCAAAGAAGUGGCUGAGGUUGCCCUGCGCAAACACAACUUUCAUUUUGAAACGGCUUUGACUGAGCUUCGCCAGAUUUCAGACAUGAUGGAUCAAAACAAGAUGCCAUCUGGGGAUGUAGAUGAUCCAGUACGGCAGAUGUCCCGAACCAUGAGCAACAUGGGUAUUGGUGACAAUCCACUGACCUCUGGCAGUGACUUGACCAAUGCAAACAUGCUGCUCAACAACAGCCUGCCUGGAACUCUUCCCCUUGGAGGAAAGCCAAGCAACAUGAUGGGCACACCAGGAUUCAUGCCAACUGGUAGCGUUGGCCAAAGGUUCAGCGGUCAACAACAGGUAAUGGGUCAGCAGCCUGGCAGUCUCAACCAACCCCCAAGAGGACCUUUCAACCAGCAACAGCAGAUGAUGCAACAACAGCAACACCAACAGCUGUUCCAGGUCCUGCUCCAGCUUGCUGUACAGAGUGGCAUCGUCAACCAGAGCCUUCUGCAGCAGCAGGUGACUCCGACACAGAUCAUGAGCAUUGUUCAACGCUAUCCUCAGCUUUUGGCCCAAGCCCAAGCUCAACAGGGUAACCUUGCUCAAGUUGGUGGAGGAAACAGUGUGGGCAAAGGCAUGGGCUCUUCUGCACCCAACCGUUCCCAGCAGGAGUUGAUGGCACGCUUUGUUCAGCAGCAGCUGCUUCAAGGACAGCGACCUCCAGUGUCUCGUCAACCGUUCCCACAACGUCCCAAAAUGCGAAGUGAUUCUGAGAUGUACUCCAACACCAACACUUCAUCAGACCUGCUAGGAAACAUUAGCAACAUGAAUCCUGAUAUUGGUAUGCGUGAGCCACUCCAGCAGUCUCGCCUUCAGCAUUUGUUUGGCAAGCCUGGAGCAAAGAAUUUCCCCCGAACGAACCGGUCAGAGUCGGUCACUGGUCUCCCUGACAACAAUCGCAGAGGUUCUAACUGGUCUCGCAGCAACUCACCAACCCCAUCCGACAGUAUUCCUAACAGCGCUGAUUCUGCCUUCUCUGAUGGCUGGAACUUCCCCCAGCCUGAGAACCUAAGCUCCAUUACUGAUGAUGUUCCAGAGUUCAUCCCAGGUGUACCAUGGAAUCCUCAACCUAGCCUUGAUGUCUCCAAUGACCCAUCAGCCACUCCAGGAAUGUAUGCCCCUACCAAGCCUUCUGGACGUGACAAGGAUGACAUUUCUGGUAUCCUGACCCGUCCCAUGAAACCCCAGGCACCAUGGUCAUCCAAUCAGCCAGGAGGAGGACGCAAGACAAGCUGGAACUAUGAGGGCGGCAGCGGUCAAGGCUUCUCUGGAACUGGUGGAAAUGCAGGUUCUCGCUCGAACCAGCUGUGGAACAGUGCUCCUGGAAACCAGCAACGUGCCACCAGACCACCUCCAGGACUGGGUGAGCAUCCUCACAGUAAUUCCUGGAGAGGAAGUUGGGAUGCUCCCUCUGGUAAGAACCCACUAAUGCAGGGGCAUGCAGUAACGCACAGAUCAUCCUGGUCUUCUGGAAAUGGAAUUUCUGGUGCAAACUCCAUUCUCAUCUCUGGCGUCACAUCUGAUAUGAAUGUGUCUGCCCUGAGGAACAUCUGUGGUCAGCAAGGUCAGGUGGACCAGUUCCAGGAGAACCGUGCCCAAGGUUCAGUCAUGGUCACCUACCGAUUCCCUGAUGAUGCCACCAAGGCCCUCAACACCAUAACUACCACCUUCCCCAAUGUGAUCGCAGAGCUUGUCUCCCCCAGCGAUGCAUUCUCCACCCCUGCCUCCUCCUCCUCCGGCUGGCCCCAGGGAGGAGGCAGCAGCGGCAGUAAGUUUGGCAAUGGUGUUCUCCCCAGCACCUCCAGUGCCUCCAGCGCCGGAAAGGAUGACGUGUCGGGCAGCAGCAAGCAGAGCUGGAGCGCUGGACUCCCUGGCAUGCCAGGAAGCCAGUUGUGGUCUCCAGGUCCCGGUGGAUCCAUGGGCUGGAGCCCAAUGGACGGAGAUUCCUCCAGUGCACCCAACUUCAGCUUCUUGCCUGGAGACCUCCUCGGAGAAAGCACCAACUAAGAUGAAGUGAUACUGAAUCAUUCUCAUCGCCAAUACCCUCUAUGGUGCUAUGAAAAAAAAAACUAAAAAUCAAAUUGCCACUCAAUACCACUUGAUUAUUAUAUUAUGUAUAUCUUUGUGAAUAUAUCUCAAGCACUUGACAAUUCAGCCAUGAUGUGAUUGUUUAUUAAUAUUAAUCUAUGUUUCAUCUUACAUAUGAAGGCAUGUGUAUUGUCAUCACCAUCCAUCCGUUGCAUGCAUAAGUAACUUAUGCAAUUUUAUCUUAAUGUACUUUGUAAGUAAAUUGUGCUCGGGACACUACUGUAGUCAGUGAAAUACCUUGUUUUUCAUAUGAAUAACUUUGUACUUGUGUCAAUAGACAGUUCUCUUGUUAUGGUUGAUUGAAUAUCAACCAGGCUAACUAUUCAUCUAUGUCCUUUGGAUUUUUUUCUUUCUCCUUUUUUCAAAACAACUGCUAACAAGACUUCCAGAAUGACAAAUGUGUGCAUUCGGUGGUGGGGUUUUGGAUCAAAACUUUAUACUGAUUCAACAGCAACUUUAAGCUGCCAAAGAAAGUAAAGUAAGAUUUGACAAUAAUAAUGUAUAUAUUAUAUUUUUCCCUGUUGAUAAACAGAUUUUUGUGAAGAGUGUUUUUUUUUCGCUGUGCGAAACUUAGCCAAGCUUGUGGCUGUCACUUUUGUGAGACACCCCCAACAUCUGAACUACCUGGAAGCCAUAAUCGCAGCUCAUUGACGGAUUGAUCUUGCGUACGACAGUACAUGUGCAAUGAAAUAAAUGUGAUUUGUUUAAAAGAUGUUUGGAGACUUUUUCUCUUCAUUUAUGGAGCCAGCUGUGUGGAAUCCCAGAACACAAUGGAAUGACAAUGGAUUGUUAUGGAACAAAACAAAGGACAAUACACAGGAUGAACAAUGUUGACUCAAGUAUGUACAGGGCAUGUACAUUCACAAUAAACAAUUGCUACGCAUUAAGCUCUGUGUGCUCCAGUAGUGCGAUAAAAGCCAAACUAGCUGAAAUGAAACUGACAGAUUGAGGAAGAAAAGACUGUGCCCUGAAAAUGUACAAUUUUGUUUGUUUUUGCGAGAGAUACAAGCAGAGGAUCCUGGGUUCUGUAUUGAAAGACAAACGGCUGUGCUGAAUGGUGAAUGCUGAAGCCUUCUAAAGAGAAAAAGUACUCCAUCUUGUCAUUACAACAUGUGAUGCAAGAUGAAAAGCAUGAAAAAGAAAGUGAAACAUUUUCUUGUGACUUUUCAUAAGGACGGAUGGUGCAAACUACACUGUAUUCCAAAGCAUUUUUCUUUUAAUGUUUAUUCUGUGUAUCGAUGACUGAUGCAAAUUUGUGUCGUUUGAUGAAGUAAUAAGUAGAGCAGCGUACGUCGGCGUGUCACAGAGAAAAAUAGAACUUGGCUCAUCCAAGAUAUGUCAAGGUCGCAAAGUCUUCACUACCAAUGCGAUUCUUAAGUGCAAUUUUAAUUUGGUUUUCCUUGUGCAUAACAAUGGGGCUUUGUGGCAUAGUUACGCCGAGCCAUGUUGGCGUGUGGAUGGCAUUAAUAGAUAAAAAUGAGAACAAAUCAACCGACAAGUUCAGUCUGCUUCAAAUUCCAGGAGUGCUCCGCCCUUGACGCGAGACCAGAGAUGUUGCCGAUCUGAGUGUUUUGUACAAGUUGGAGAGCAUUACGGAGUACAUUUAACGUGUAAUAGAGUUGUGGCUGAACCGUUAACUGAAAUUGAUCUUCACCAGCUGUCAAUUUAAUGGGAAAAAACUGAGUCGUCUUUCACUCGGAUUAACAGUGUAAAGCAACGUUUUGUCUAUUUUGAAUACUGCACUUUAUUUUCUGGUCUUAAGUGGCAUUUUCUGCAUGAUUAAGUCAGAAUAAUUAACAUAUAGGAUUAUUUACACAAGUAUUUUAUGUCUUUAGAGGAAAGCAUUAAAGAGACUUUGUUUGGUGGAUAAGUAAUAAUAAGAUAACCAUGGUACUCAUUCAUUAUUGCAUUAUUACUCUGUAGCUUAAUAACUGUUGUCAUCCGUUUACUCUCAUUGUGUAUCAUUAGCAUUUUAUAAUGUCCAAUUGCAAAGCUGCAAAUAUUUGGGAACAGUAUUUGACAGUGCCUACUAAUUCAGUCAAUCCAUUCUGUGAAAUUCAAGAGGUAUAAUGUUCAAAACAAAAUGUUUAACAAAGUACAAAAAUGUGGAAGUUUUAGAACACUUUUAUGCAAGUAGGGUAUGUGAGUUUCUUUUGUUAAAUCAACCCUUAUUUUGACUAUUGAUGUGUAAUUGUCAUAACAUUGCAUUGCAUUGUAAGGUGAUCAAAUCUUAAUUCAUUGUUUAUACACUACUUUUAUGAAAAUUUUGCAUAGGAGAUAAUUCUGAUACGUACAUGUAUAAAUAUGUAUUUGGCUAUAAAUAUAGAAAUAUAUAUAUUUCGUGUUAUAUAUGUAUGUUGAUCGUUUAUCAUAAAUACAAAAAUUCUUUGUGUUGUCAGCACUGAUAUAUUUGUACCUUCAAAAUGCUUUUUUUAUUAUUUAACUAAUUUGCAAAACUAGUAGGAGAAUGAUUGAAGGUGGUGAAGAAAAAACAAAGAAAUAACUUCUGAAAUGUUGAAGAAUAGCUUUUAUUGUUGGGAGGGAUUGUAUUCAUUUUUUUUUCAGUGUUUGUCUUUUAGUUAAGUUACCCCUUUAUCAGGGAAAGACACUUAUUCCAAACCAAGUGCAGCUGAGGUUUAUGUCUAGACUUUAUCUCUUUGUUUUCUUCUUUCUCCAGAAAAAAAAAAACAAGAUUCCCUUGUGCUGGCUUGUAUUUUUCUCCUCUUCGUGUUCCUACGUGUGACUUGAUGAACGAAAUAACCCAGUCUCAAUGUCCUCCACAAAUGAAAUGGAAUGUUUUUCAAUCACUCUUGUUACGUUGAGAUAUCAUGACAUUGUAUGACAUACUAGUACUCUGCAGGCACUUGAUGAUAUUAAGAGGAUCAUAUAGGUUUAAAUGAAGUUGUGAACUCCAUUGUUGAUGAACAGAAAAUCAUUAAAAUCUGAAAUACAUCCGUUUUUAGACAUCUUCUAAUACUUAAUGGUUGCUUAGAGAAUUAGAAAGGAAAUAAAAUCAGCCAAAUUUGUGCCUAGUGCCUUUCUAUGUCAGUCUUUGGUUUCAAUCUAAAAUCAAACCCUAGCUCAUAUUACAGGCGUCAUGAAUGAGUAAAUGGCAGGAUUAAUUCCAUGAAUGCACUGAAUGCUUGAAGUGGCAGCUGGAGCCAAAGCUAGGUUGAUAAUAAUAGUGCGCCUCAGAGUAGAUUAUUUCUAGAUAGAUGACUCUGUGUACCAUUGUUAUUCGUACCAAGCACUCGAGUAUACCUGAGUGGUCUCGUUAUAAUUAUGGUUCAGUGCUGGUGCUUGUUCUAACAUCAUUGAUGUAUGAUUGAUGACGAUUUCUUGUAAGAUAACUUUAUGUCAAUAUUAUCAAGAUGUCGACUAACCAGCUAUCUGUGUUUCUGGAAACUGCCUUUUCUCUGUUGUUGAAAGUCAGGGUGUGAUUAGUAAUUGCUCUCCAAAAGCCUGAUAACCUCAAAAUAACUUUCAGUAUGGAUUCCUUUAAGCAACCAUCUUCAAAUAUCAUCAAUGCCUAACUGUAGCAUCAAUGAGUAUUACUAUCUAAAAGUAUCUAAUACUGUUGUUCAUGCCUUUAUUCACACUUCCCCAAUCUUAACUUGCCACAUUGAAAUCUUUAUAGCAAUUCACAUGAGUAGGUCCAUAGGGCUUUUGCACAAUUGCCAGGAUAGUAUUAACAAGGUUUGAUCAUCCAAAUUAAGGAAAGGUUCAACAACAACCUUGAAUGCACUGCUUUAUAUCUAUUCACACUUGUGUCAAUAUCGUUCAGCUGGUUUUACUCUUAAACUGCCAGUUAUUUCAUGCCUUCAUGUAAAUGAUAUUUGUCAAUUCUUUAGGAGUAUUCUUUGCAAAAGUGUAAUGAGAACUCUAGUUUUCUGACUACAUUUUGUACUUAGGUUUCGCCGUCUUUUGAUCGUACUCAAAUUUUGCAGUGAUCAAAAUCUGUUCCAUCAUCAAUCUGGUAUAAAUUUAGGUGUAAGUAUGGCCAAUAGCCAUUAAUAACAAUAAUAUUUCACACCAUCCUCUUUGUAUGUAUAGUGAUUUAACUGCACGCAAUAAUCUGAUCAUGAUUUUAUUUCUGCUGGUUCUAUUGAUUUUUUUUUAAUGACAAAAAUAUGUUGUGUGCUUUUGGGUUCAAAUUCAACUCAUAAAAAUUGAUCUAUUUACCAACAUUCAUUGUAUAUUCUCUGUCUUAAUGCAGAGUAUUUCCACUAAAAAUUGCCGAUAACACAGAACUUUGCAAUCAAUUGUAGAUUGGAUAUGAUGAUUCUGGUUGGUUGAUAGUCUAUGCUGUGAUCACCAUAUGCAUUUCAACAUUGAUUGACUUUCUUGUAUCCUGGUUUUGAUUCCUUGCAAUAAUGAAGAAUCCAUCACACAUAUUGCACAGCAGUGUUCCGGUAAUACAACCAUUCAAAUCUCACAUAUUAUACUCCAGAGCUUACCUCAAUCUGUAUCUCUCUUUUUUUUUUCUUAAUGCAAUCUGAAAGGACCAAAACAUAAACAGCUGUCUCCUUCUCAUCAGGUGUGAAUAAAUAUUUGAGAUUUGAGAGAUUUAUAAAUGGGCCUCCUCUUUGGCAAUACUAAUUAUAAAAAGGAGUGUCGGUAGAGAGAAUAAGUGGUUCUUCAUCAGCUUAUGUUCGCUCGUUCUUGAGAUUCUAUCCCAAUUGGCCAUCCAAGAAUUCAAUCUUGAGUUUCUAGCCUGAUUUUUCCUCUGAGAAGUUGAUCUCUCUGGUGUAGAAACACAUGCUUAAUCAUCUUAAGUAGGGGAUUUUCCCUUGGUAAUGGAUUGUAGUCUUUGGCUGAGGAGCGUGCACAUUUCAGCUUGCAUUUUGAAGAGCAUGCACAGUACAGUUGAAUCUUGAAUAAGUCAUUCAGACCUGAACCUGUGUGUAUCAUGACUUUUAGGAAGCAGGAUAAUAAAUCACCCAUUAGUGCAUUAUUUUGUGGGAAAAAUGAUCAACAUUUGACUUGUAAUCCUGGUAUGAAGCUCAUGAAAUUGCCUGCUGAUUGCUACUUGAGACUGUUCUGAUUGGGUCUGUGGUAUGAUAAAAAGAGGGAUGAGACGAAACCUUGGGCUGAUGUAGAUUGGCUUGAAACCAGGGAUCUCUGUAUCUUUGAGGAGAUAAAGCUUUUCUGAACAUUCUCUUUUCCCCGUAUCUCUCUGCGAUGUUAAGCGAUGAUAUCUUGUGUAAAAUUUUAACAGUAUUAACUUAGAUCUGUACUCUCUUGACAUGAAAUAAUCUGGAAAGGAGAUUGGGAACAUCAGUACAAGUAAAGGUAAUGUCUAGAAAUUUGCUUUAUUGCCUGGCUGGUAAAUUACCAUUUCUUGAGAAGAGUUGAUUGGUGAUGAUAACACUGAAUUGUUCCCUUGCACAGGUUUUUAGCAUCUCCAUGUUGUAGAAUAAAAUUUGGAGUGGAUGCCCAAUUGUUGAUGCCUAUUGAUUAUCUAAAGUAAAACGUAAUUCUGCUUGUGAUAAGAAUCGGACACGCUGGUCUUCCAUGCUUGAACAUAGCCAUCAUGAAAAUAUGUUAUAACCGUGGUAACAAGCAGAUUCUAAAAAAUGCAGGGGCAUGAUGUCAUUUCACUCUUUUAAGGGAAACUGGGAUUCAACAGUUUAUUGAUUCAGUUGGUUACCAAUCUAAGAAGUAUGUCAUGAUUUUGUGCACAUCUUGCUUCAGCUAACAAAGUAUUCCAUCUCAUUUUUUUUCCUAUUUAACCCUGUGCAAUUUCUAUGAUACUUUAUCUUGGUAAAGAAUAAAUCAUUAUUUUUGUGUAGAUACACACUGAAAAUUAC